AUCUAAACCCACGCUUCAACUGAAGCUGCAAUCAAUCAAUUAAACAUGGUCAACCUAUCCGACCCUGAAUCCUUCCAUGAAAAGCCUCCCAGUGAACAAUCAGCGUCAAUUUCCCCUCCCCCCCUCGACCACGGCAAAGAUGCCUGGCUCUUCCUCGCCGCCUGCUUCAUCAUGGAAGCUCUAGUCUGGGGGUUCGCCUUCACCUACGGCGUUUUCCAAGACUACUACAGCACUCUUCCCAUAUUCCAAAGCUCCAACAGUAUCGCCAUCAUCGGAACCUGCGCCAUGGGAAUCAUGUACCUCGACCUCCCCAUCAUCUUCAUCCUCUACCGCCAAUACCCCACCCUCCAACGCACCGGCUGCGCCCUCGGCGUCCUCCUAAUGUGUCUCUCUCUCGGCCUCAGUUCCCUCUCCACCAAAGUCCCCCACCUCAUCCUCACCCAAGGCAUCUUCUACGCCAUCGGCGGCAGCAUCGCCUACGCUCCCUGCAUCCUCCUCAUGGAAGACUGGUUCGACAAACGCAAAGGCCUCGCAUUUGGCGUCAUGUGGGCCGGCACCGGUCUGGGCGGAGCGAUCCUUCCCAUCGUCAUGCAGCGACUUCUCGAUCUCUACGGGUUCCGUACCACGUUGAGAGCAUUCGUCAUCACACUCUUCAUUCUCACUGCCCCGUUGGUAUAUUUCGUCAAACCAAGAGUUCCUGUCACAAACCCUAAACGGUUUUCACUCCCCAACCUACGAUUCCUCGGUUCCAGCACAUUCCUCCUCUUCCAGGCAUUCAACACUAUCGAAGCCCUAGGAUACUUCCUCCCCUCGCUAUACCUCCCCACUUACGCCCGAUCCCUCGGCGCAUCCUCAACCCUAGAAGCUAUCACAGUCAUUCUCCUCAACGUUGCCUCUGUGGCGGGAUGUGUAGGCAUGGGCGCCAUCAUUGACAAAUUCGACGUCACGACAUGCAUUCUUGUCUCGACUAUCGGAUCAACCCUAGGUGUAUUUCUCCUCUGGGGAUUCUCCGUCUCCUUGCCCCCAUUACUCAUCUUCGCCAUCGUAUACGGUCUCUUCGCAGGCCCGUACACGAGUACCUGGCCCGGGAUCAUGCGAGACGUGGUUCGAAAAGAAGCAUCCGCUGAAUCCAGCAUGGUAUUCGCAUGUUUAGCUGCUGGUCGGGGGGUUGGGAAUAUAGUCUCCGGCCCAUUGAGUGAGGCGUUACUCGGGGAACGACCAUGGACAGGAGAAGCGGGAUAUGGCUUUGGGAGUGGGUUUGGGUCCCUGAUUGUGUUUACGGGCGUGACGGGAGUGGUAGGGGGUGGGGGGUGGGUGGGUAGGAAGAUGGGGUGGUUAUAG